UGGGAGAGAGACGCAGAAAGCGGAGGAGCAGAGAAACGAGAAGGCUGUGCUCGGAGAUGAAACGUCCAGCAUGUGUUUACUUUCUUUGGGGGUUCGUGGUUGCAGCCGUGAUUCCCAUGUGCGUGGGGGAGAUGUACACAUCUCUGCUGAAUGUGAAGCUGGCCAUCCACGUUGAACGGAAACUGAUUGAUUACUUGAGGACUUACAUCGACCACGAGAUGGAGAGACUGGCGGACAUCCGACGCUUUUAUGCCAAAGUGUCUGACCUGCACACAGAUCUCUACAAAGGCCCGGCGGCCGCGAUGGCGAACCCACUGGUGGCCUUUACCCUCAUCAAGCGCCUGCGCUCUGAGUGGCUGAAUGUCGUCUACAGCAACGAGGCUCUAGAGAAUGUACAAGCUCUCAGGUUCAGCUAUGAGAUGGAAGAGGCCGACCUGCCCCAAGCGGAGGACCUCCAGGGGGCUGCGAGGGGGCUCAUGAGGCUGCAGGAUGUGUACGCGCUGCAAGUCUCCAGUCUCGUGAGGGGUCGUUUUCAAAGAGUCACCAAUGGCAAGGCGAUUGAUGUCUGCAUGCCUGCGGUGUCCGUCUCGCUGUCCGGGGAUGACUGCUUCUUGGUUGGGAAGGUGGCCUAUGAGCAAGAGGACUAUUACCACUCAGUGCAGUGGAUGGAGGAGUCGGUGCGCCUCUUCAGGGGAGCCGGAGGGGAGUGGAGCCCUGAGAACGAGGGAACUUUAGAAGAUGCUCUCGAUCAUCUCGCUUUUUCGCACUUUAAAACAGGAAACGUCUCCUACGCUUUGAAUCUGUCUCACGAGUUACUUCAUCGUGAUCCAACAAACGGACGGGUUUUGCACAAUGUUGAGAAGUAUGAGAAGAUGGUUGCUGCCAAUCCACCCAGCAGUGAGGGACUGGAGAGACCUACGUCCACUUAUUUACGGACCAGAGAAACUUAUGAGAGACUCUGUCAGACCCAGGGCUCUCAGCCGAUGCAUUUUGAAAACCCCAGACUGUUCUGCGACUUCUUCGCCAACAACAAUCCUGCGCUGCUGUUGCUACCUGUUAAACGGGAGGUGCUGAGCCUGCAGCCUUACGUGGUCCUUUACCACGACUUUGUCACUGACACGGAGGCGGAAGACAUCAAGAGGUUCGCCCAACCCGGAUUAAGGAGAUCUGUGGUGGCAGCUGGGGAGAAACAAGCGACAGCAGACUAUCGAAUCAGUAAAAGCGCAUGGCUGAAGAUCUCAGCAAACUGCACUGCUGGGAAGCUGGACCAGAGGAUCUCCAUCGUCACAGGUCUCAAUGUGACACACCCAUAUGGAGAGUACCUCCAAGUGGUGAAUUAUGGGAUUGGUGGCCAUUAUGAACCUCAUUUUGACCAUGCUACAUCAUCUUCCAGCCCCGUGUUCAAGCUGAAAACUGGCAAUCGUGUGGCAACCUUCAUGAUUUACCUCAGCUCUGUCGAGGCAGGCGGGUCCACAGCCUUUAUCUACGCCAACUUCAGUGUUCCUGUUGUCAAGAACGCUGCCAUCUUCUGGUGGAACCUCCGCAGAAAUGGUCGGGGGGAUGCAGAAACCCUGCACGCCGGCUGCCCGGUGCUUAUUGGGGACAAAUGGGUGGCAAACAAGUGGAUCCACGAGUACGGCCAAGAGUUCCAACACCGCUGCAGCCUGAAUCCUGAAGAGUGAGACGGGACUUCAGAUUGACAGGUUCCUGCAGGCCCAUAAGAAUAUGAGCCUUUUUCACUGCGAGGCACACUCGCAGGUGGAGGGGAAGCAAGAGCUACAAAGUAAGCACACAGGCAGAGGAGCUGAGACGCUCGAGGGAGUGAUCCACAUUCAUGAAUGGAGCCCUGGACCCCAGGAAGCCUGGAAAGCGCGGUGAACGCGGCUGCCAUGGACAUAGAGGAGGAGUGGGGCAUUUUCCUUGUCAAUCUCUAGCGGCAAAAUGCUCCUGCUGGCCAGUUCCUGCAAAUGGAAAGACUCCUGCUUUUGUUGAAAACUAACGUGAGCCUUUUCCAGUGCAGGGGCCACUCAAGAGUCUGCCGUUAAAGAAAUCACAUUUGAAAUGACUCUCGCAACUGAACUUUGAAAUGCAUUAAUAAUAUGCUCGAUUAAAUCACAAGAUGUGUAAAACCAUCUUCAAUAUGUUAUAGUUUUGAGAGUGAAUGUGAAAAGCUGUCUUUUUUUUUUUUAAAUGCUACAAUGCGUUAAAGGAUGACGAACACAAGCUGAUAGAGAGCAUGUGUUCCCCGGGGUAAAAGAUGUUAUCUUGUUUCAGAAGUUUAUAAUCUGAGUCAUGUUUCUCUGUGCGCCUGGCAGGGUGACUUUCUCCAAACUCAGGCCCAGACUGAGUCUAACCAACCAGUCACAUAUAUGAGUUUGUCUGUUGGUUCCCAGCUGACUGUAGAAAUGUGGUAAACCUUCAUUUCCUCAUGUAACUGACUCAUGGCACAAAUGAACCAGUAUCAUUUUCACACUGAGCUUCAAGCAUCCGUUUCCCUGGUGAUUUGGAGUCUGUCUGAACCCACAAACAUAUUCAACACCUCCCAGAUGUCUCAGAUAUCUGAACUGAAAUUGUUUAUAAUCCAUCUCAUAAGACAGUGGGUCAUAUACAGUAGUAUAUGAGUAGUAUAUGAGCAGGAGAUGACGACAUAACUUUUUGGGAUGUCCUGUUUGAGAAGCAAAAAUCUCAGUAGAAUACCUUUGACUGACUACAGAGGCAUACCUUUUCUAACUCAAAUGGUCUCUACACUAACUUAAUAUAUAAACAAGGAAAGGAUCUCUGGAUUCUGGCUCCCCUCUGGACAUUCCUGUGCUCCCACUGAACAGGAGGACUUCAUUAUUUCAUUAUUCCAAAGGAGUUGAUGAAAGAUAGGUCAUGCUGUUCUGAAACAAUUUUAUUUUCAGUGUUAUUUAGAGAUAUAUAGCAUUGACAUUACAGUUUGUUUAUUUUAGUUUGGCAAAAAAUGGCCAGUACCAUAGAAAUAGACCAAUUUUACCAUAUGAAUUCAAGAUAGUGGUCUAGUUGGUAACAAACCAGAAAGUAAAAAAAAAGCAGCUCUAGAGUCAUUGUAUUACACUUCUAUCUUCCAACAUAAACUUUAUUGUUCCCCAGAACUGAAUUUGUCACUCCUCAGACACAGUCUCAGCAGGCCUCCCUUCUAUCUGUUGUUGCUUUGCUAAGGUGUGGUCCAUCCAAUCGUAAGGACACAUGAGAUCACAGGUCUUCCUCAUGGCACUGCCAAAGACAAACACUGUUUAUGCACAUGGAAAAACACAUUUUAUAAAACUUUGUGGACUUAAUAACGUGUGAAUAAUUUUGAAAUCUUCCUGCCUCCCUUCCCUGCUGUCUGUGUACUGUGGAGAUAUAGAUUUGUUUUGAAUACUGACUGACUAACUAUUUGAUUACAUAAAUCAAAUAGAUUAAAAAAAAGAAAAAGGGACUUUUUUUUAAUUUCCUUCUCAAGAUGUGUUUUAUUUAUGGACAAAACAGUGCUUCCCUCUGCUGGUGUUGUAAAAGACUGCUGGGUAUCCCUGGCGUGAACAUGGAUUGUUUUUUUUUUUUGUUUUUUUUUUACUUUUAAAAUGUGUACUGUCUUGUAACUAAAUCAAAUGUUGAAAUUAUUUAUAUUAUUUCCUUUUAUUUUCGUGAGUGCAAUUGUGUUUCUCUGCAUCAUUGUGUUCAUCUUUACAGAAUAGGUCAACUGUUUUUGCUUGUUUUGAUCUCUGCAUCACUUUGAUGAGGUUCUUACAAGCACAGAAAUACACUUAUUUAAGACUGAAAUCCAGAGGUGUAUAAUCCAGGUCCAUAAAGUAAAAACCCAAUCCACCAGUUGUUCCAACCAAUCACUAAACCAGCUCCUCUGCAGGUAGAUGGUAGGUCAGUGAAAACCCCUGUUCUAAAUGUACAGGCUGAUCCAGAAACAUGGCAGGGUUUUUACUUUAUGUCACCUGGAUUAUACACCUCUGCGGAAAUCUAUUGUGAUUUUAUUGUAACAUUGUUGACUCAAUGUUUAUUGAAUCAACAGCAUUUGAUGUAGUUCAUAGUGAUUCCAAAUAAUUCAAUUCACAAACACACUGGAUGUCUUCCUAAAACACUCCCGGUGGGUUGGGUGGUUCCUGGUUACCUCUCACCCGCCUUGCAAAGCUGUAACUCGGUGACGCAUCACUGUUCAGUAUGUUUACCUUGGUCUUCUCACCACUCAUUGUUCAGUGUUAUUUGUCACCAGUCUCGCAACAUUCAGGCCGAGACUAUCUAAUAAAACUUUUGUUGCUUUUUCAUGCAGGUCUAAUCUUCUGUACUUAUUCUUUUCUCCUCUCAGACCACUUGCCAUGACUCUCAUUUACUUGCCUGCCUGCUAAUUCACCACUCAGUUGCCUUUUUCAGCCAUUUUUUCAACAGUAAUUUUCAGAUCUGAACAUUAUUCUGUA